UGCUUCUUCUUUUUUUUGUUCACACAUACUUCAAAGUAACUUAUUUUUUCUAUUGUGUAAAUUUUGAAAAGAUAUUUUUAUAUAUACGCCUCCUUUUCAAAUACAUACAUUUUACUCCCUUUUAAUUUAUCAAGUUAACUUUUUUUUUCCCUGUAUAUAAAACCUUAUAUAAUAUACACAUUUGUGUUAAUGGUUACUCUAAUAGACUAAAAAAAAAAAAAAAAAUCGACUUGUGAGUGUAGGCAUAUUCUAUUUUUUGAGCCCUCUUUUUAUAUAUACAAAUAUAUCUUUAUACAUAUCAUUAUUGCAAUCAUUAAACUUUAUUUAUUUAUACGAAAAAUAAUAAAAAAAAAAAAAAAAUGCCAUCAACAACGAGAUUAAGUCAUCGACAUCAGUCUUCUAAUCUAUCUUUCUCUUCGGCAUCUUCAUCUUCAUCUUCUACUAGACCAGCAUUACCACAAAUUUUAUCUAAUUCUGCUACAAAUGCGGUUAACUUUACGAGAAGUGCUGCUCCUACAUCACGACGAGUACGAUCACAUUGGUUUACACAUUUUGUAUUGAACUGGCGUCGAAGUUCAAGAUCAUCUAAACUAUGGAUGGGAUUUUCCAUGACUUUUGUUAUUAUACAAAUUAUUACAAGUAUUAUUGUUCUUUUGAUCUCUUGGGAAAUGUAUUGUGAUAAACCUCUACGUGUCUUUGUUACUGUAUAUAUUCUUCGUCAAAUAUUAAUAACACCUAUUCAUAUUUAUCAACAUUUAGCACCUCGUCGCAGGCCGACAAGCUCAAUGAUUUCCCCUCGUUCUAGUGCUCGAACUGAACUGAGUGAAGCUUAUGCUCUUAAUGAACGAAAUAUUAUAAAUAAUGAUCGACCCGUAUCUUUUCCACCUCCAGUUAGGCCGACAAGUACAAAUCGGUAUCAUCAGGCAUUUGCUACGCCUCAUCAACAACUUCAUUUACCUUCUCAGUAUCCAACUUCUUCUUUAUCUUCUGCACAGAUUACGCAGGAAGAUAUCAUUAGAGCAUGGAUAGAUAGAGCUAAAUCAGCUCUAGAUUUAUUUGCAGUUUUAUGGUUUAUUAUUGGCAAUUACAUGUUAUUCUCUUCGACUACAUGUUCAGAUACAGCAAAACCUCUUUAUUAUCUAUCAUUAGGAUUAAUUGCAUACGGAUAUCUUAUUUUAUCAGUUCCUAUCUUCUUAUGCACCUCAGUUAUCUUUUGUUUACCAUGUGUAUUAGUGGGUAUGAGGUUACUUCAUGUUGAUGAUGGUGUCUAUAUGGGAGGCGCAACAAAUGAAGAAAUAGCAAUGAUACCCGUUUACCAAUUUAAAUCUACUAGUAAUAAUAAUACAUCUGAGACAGCUAAUCAAAUCAAACUGCUUUAUCCCAAUAAUAACUCAAAGUUAAAUGAUUCAACUACAGUAUAUACAACUGGAUCUACAUUAAAUGAAAAUGAUACUAUAAUUGAUCUUAAUGAUAUUAAACAAAAAGAAGAAGAAAAGAAGGGACAAAAAUCAAUACAAAAGAAGCUAGGACGAUUGGAUAAAUUAUGGCUUUACUUGGGCUUAAUAGACUCACCUCCUACUGAUAUAAACGAGGAAUAUGAAAUAUUAGAGAUUCCUGAUGUCCAAGAUCAAUUAUGUGUUAUUUGCUUAUCAAACUAUGAAGAUAAUGAUAUUUUAUGCAAAUUAUGGUAAACUUGGAAGAAAGUGUGGACAUCAUUUUCAUAAGG